AUGGAGGGCGGAAGACAAAGGCACAAAUGGCAGACAUACUGGAUGUCGCUGUACUUUUCUUUGACGAUGGGCUUUACAGAAGGAGUAUUUGCUCAGAUACGUUACUCUGUUCCAGAGGAAGUAAAAACAGGAUCGGUUGUUGGAAAUAUUGCCAAGGAUUUGGGUUUUGAUGUAAGUACUUUGUUAGAAAGAAGACCCCGUUUGGUUUCUGGCUCUAAUGACGCCCUUUUUGAAUUAAACCUGAACAAUGGGAUUUUGAUAAUUCAUGAGAAAAUAGACAGAGAGAAGAUAUGUGAUGACUCCAGUGCAUGUUCGAUUAAUCUAAAACUUAUUGUGGAGAAUCCCCUUGAAAUUCAUUAUGUGGAAGUUGAAGUUAUAGACGUAAACGAUCAUUCACCCAAUUUUACUGAUAACGAACAGGUUCUAGAAAUAUCCGAAUCCACUAUGCCCGGUGAGGAAUUUCAGUUACAACCUGCACGUGACCCUGAUUCUGGUGUAAAUACUAUACGCUUGUAUAAAUUAAGUCAAAACGACUAUUUUGAUGUUGUAGUUCGAGAAAACGGAGAAGGAAAAAUACCAGUUUUAAAACUACAGAAGUCGUUGGACAGGGAGCUACAAAAAAUACAUAAUUUGAUGCUGACAGCCAUUGACGGCGGAACCCCAAUAAGAUCUGGUAGCAUAAAUAUUUCAAUAAUCGUUUUAGAUGAAAAUGAUAACAGGCCAAAAUUUAGCCAGGAACUUUAUUCUGUUACAAUAAAAGAAAAUGCUCAAUUUGGAACUCUUGUUUUCAGAGUCAAUGCCACUGAUUUGGACGAAGGCUCAAAUGGAAUUAUAACAUUUUCUUUCGUUAAAAACCUCGACAAAAAGAUUUACAGUACUUUCGAAUUAGACAAAAAUACAGGUGACGUUACCGUAAAAGGCGACGUAGACUUCGAGGUUACAGAUACUUUUAGGGCUAUAAUUACGGCGUCAGAUAAAGGACAACCACCUAAAACAAGCAACUGCAAAGUGUUAAUAAAAGUAGCUGAUAUAAAUGACAACAAACCUGAAAUUGAUAUUACGUCUCUUUCAGAUGUGAUCCCUGAAAAUUCAAAGAUCGGAACCGUAAUUUCUAUUAUUAGUGUAACCGACAAAGACUCCGGGAUCAAUGGAAAGGUAAUUUGUAGCGCACUAAACAGCACACCUUUUGAGCUGAAGUCGUCAUUUAAAGAAAAUAUGUAUUCCUUAGUGAUCAGUUCACGACUAGACCGAGAGCGUAAAUCACAUUACGAAAUAACAAUAACAGCUACAGAUGUGGGACAGCCGCCCCUAUCUUCAUUUAAAACAUUACUCGUCCAAAUAUCAGAUGUAAACGACAACAGUCCAGAAUUUUUUCAGAACCCUCUUGAGUUUUAUCUACUUGAGAACAACUACCCUAGUGCGUCCAUAUUUUCUGUUAGCGCUUCAGACAAAGACAUAAAUGAAAAUGCCGCGAUCUCUUAUCAACUUCUUAACAGAAAGGAACAAAAUAUUGCUUCUUUCCUGAAUAUCAAUUCUGAAACAGGAGUAAUUUAUGCGCUUAAGAGUUUCGAUUAUGAGGAAGUCAAAACCUUCAAAUUCCACGUUCUCGCUACAGAUUCUGGAACUCCGCCACUAAGCAGCAACGUUACAGUAAACGUGUUCAUUCUGGAUCAGAACGACAACGCUCCAGUGAUCUUAUAUCCAAUCAGCUCUAACGGUUCUGCUGAAGGUGUGGAGGAGGUUCCUCGUAAUGUAAAUCCAGGACAUUUGGUGACUAAAGUGAGAGCUUAUGACGCAGACAUAGGAUACAACGGCUGGUUAUUAUUUUCACUGCAGGAAGUGAGUGAUCACACUCUUUUUGGAUUAGACCGCUAUACAGGACAGAUCAGGACCCUUCGGUCAUUCACAGAAACAGAUGAGGCUGAACACAAACUGGUCAUACUGGUCAAAGACAAUGGAAAUGUUUCACUUUCCGCAACGUCCACUGUAAUUAUUAAACUUGCUGAGCCCAAAGAAGCUUUUGCAGCUUCCGAUGUCAAAAAAGCAGUAUAUAAUGAAGAAGAAAAUAGCGUUACAUUUUAUUUGAUCAUUACCUUGGGAUCAGUUUCCUUCCUUUUCAUCAUCAGUAUCAUAGUGCUGAUUGUAAUGCAGUGCUCCAAAUCUACAGACUAUUCCUCUAAGUAUAUACAGGAUAUAAAUUAUGACGGGACUCUGUGUCACAGCAUCCAGUACAGAUCUGGAGAUAAACGGUACAUGUUAGUUGGACCCCGAACGAGUAUCGGUUCUAAUACAGUUGCAGGAAGUAGCGCGAAUACUCUAGUAAUACAAGAUCGCAGGAGAAGAACUUCUAUGGAGGUAAGCGUGAUUUGA